AUGGCAACCUUCAACACCACUCACUGGAACGAGACCACAUCCAUUUACCAAUACCUAGGCUUUCAAGUGCAAAAAAUUUACCCCUUCCAUGACAAUUGGAACACAGCCUGCUUUAUUAUUUUGAUUAUAUUUAUCUUUACUGUAGUUUCCCUGGUGGUGUUGGCUUUCCUCUAUGAACUGCUAGACUGCUGCUGCUGUGUGAAAAAUAAAACUAUGAAAGACCUCGAGAAUCAACCCAAUCCUGUCAGAGCAAUGAUGGACAGCUUCAGAAAGCGUGAAACAGAAGUGGUGUAG